AUCCAUGGCUGCAACAACCAAGUGAAAGUAAACUAAACACCAGACGCUAACAUUAUGACUUAAUCAGUUUGCAUAUCGAAAUAUGAAUACAUAUGUAUACAUGUUUACGAGUGGGUAGUGCGUAUAUGCCCAUCAUAUCACUUAAAGGCGGAUAUGAUCUUAAGGUGGAUUUAUCUUAUAUGAGUUGUCAGAGAUAGUUGAAAGUAUGGAUUCUCAAACAAGUACGACUGUUGAAAUCACGUCAGAGGAUGUAAAAAAUAAUGUUUCACAAAUGGAUGGACCAGAUGAACUCUGCUGUGAGCCACAAAUGCCUGAUGAUACAGAGAAUGCACAUGAUGUUUCUCAGAAUUCAAUGGACUGCGGGUCUGCAGGUGAAAGCGGUGAAUCUGUUAUUACAGACAGCAUAAGUCAGUCAUCUCAAACGCAUGGCACUAAUGGGCAGAAAUCUAAGAGGCCCAGUUCACCUGGUCCCCAGCCAGUUAAAACAACCUGUGUUGCUGGACACUCUAUGAAUCCCAAGCUCAACCUUUGUCCUAGUAAUAGUCCCAGAAACGUGGCCGGCAACCCUGGUGACGUUGACAUGCCAAGCCCAGAAAGUCCAGUCUGUAAAACCAUGAUUAUCAACAACUCUGCCGGUGAUGGGGGUGCGUGUGCAGAGGACUGUGUUCUUGCAAAGACUCAGGCAAUGGAAUCUCAGCAGAGUGUCAAAGAUUGUGCCGCUGCAAGUUCAGCCCAAGAAAAAGUCCAUCCUGUUGCCAUGGUCACAGACGCUACCGAAGGAGUGGAAUGCAGUGGCUCACCUAAUAUGAGCCAGGACUUUAUUGAAAGCCAGUCAGAUCCAAAUUUCAAAAGUGUUUCAUUGCCAUUGCAUAACCUGGACAAGCAGUUGCUGGGAACUCCCAUAGAUGAGCUCAACAGAAUGCCUCAGUGUGCACCUCCACUGUGUCACCUGAAAGUAAUGCCAAAUCACACAGUUGCAAUCAGGACCGAUCUCCUCAGAGAGGAAGAGUUACCUGUCCCAUAUCCAACCAAGUUCAAAGAUGCGUGGGAUGAUGUGUCAGUGAAAAUGCCCUGCUCUGAGAAGAAUCUGUUUCCAAUGGAGACUGAGGACGGAAGUGAUGUCCAAAGUCGGUGGGAGCUGAUCAACUCUGCCUUGCAGAGAGGGUUCAAAAGUUGUCUGGAUGUUAGGGAUGCAAUAUUGAGGUACAACAUAGCCCAUUCAAAGAAAUGGGAUUUCACUGCCCUGAACCUUCUUUGUACCGAGUAUCUUGAGCAUUGUGAGGUACAACACCUGUUGGGGUCCAUACUGCCCUCUAUGGUGGAUCUGGCACUCAGCGCUCCUCGCAUCUGCACAAUGCCCAUUCCUUUACUCAAGUCAAGGAUCAACCAUUCCCUGACUUUGUCUCAGGAGCAAAUAGCCUGUCUUUUGGCCAACGCCUUUUUCUGCACGUUUCCCCGGCGCAACUCCCGCAAGUCCGAGUACUGCAAUUAUCCUGAGAUCAACUUCUACCGGUUGUUUGAAGGUCCUUCACCGAGAAAAAUUGAGAAACUGAAGACUCUGCUGUGCUACUUCAGAAGAGUUACUCAAACCAAGCCCAAGGGUCUUGUUACAUUCACAAGACAAACACUUAACAACCCUCCAAACUGGGAAAGCUCUCAGACCCAACUGACGCGCCUUCAUAUCACUUGUAAGGGAACGAUUGAAGAUGAUGGCUACGGGAUGCUGCAGGUGGACUUUGCAAACAGGUUUGUAGGAGGUGGAGUCACGGGACAUGGACUGGUCCAGGAAGAAAUCAGGUUCAUCAUCAACCCUGAACUCAUUGUUUCUCGCCUCUUUACUGAAGCUCUGGAGCACAAUGAAUGCCUCAUCAUCACAGGAACGGAGCAGUACAGCAAAUACGAAGGCUAUGCAGAGAGUUACAAAUGGGGGGGCAGCUACAAAGACGAGACUCCGAGGGACGACUGGCAGAGAAGGUGUACAGAAAUCGUAGCCAUUGAUGCUCUUAAAUACAGGCACUUCCUGGAGCAGUUUCUUCCUGAGAAGAUGCUCAGAGAACUCAACAAGGCUUACUGCGGAUUCUAUCGAAAUAAUGCCAACGUCAAGCACCUCUCAGCGGUAGCCACGGGCAACUGGGGCUGUGGUGCUUUUGGUGGAGACACUCGACUCAAAGCGCUGAUUCAGCUGAUGGCGGCAGCGGAGGCUGGGAGAGAUGUGGCUUACUUCACAUUCGGAGAUGCUGAUCUUAUGAAAGACGUUUACGGAAUGCACACUUUCCUCACCGAGAGAAAAGUCACCGUUGGACGGCUGUACGGGCUUUUGAACGACUACUUCGACGAGGUGUGCAAGAAUUGCCGCACGACUCCAGAAAUCCGUCUCUACGAUUUCAUCUACAAAAACGUCUCCUCCGGUGCAACCUGUGACACUUCGGACGCCACCAAGAUUUCUGGGAUGUCACCUGUGACAUCAGAGGCUCAUUAACAAGGGAGAACUGUAACCGAACCUCCUGUCCUCAUCUCUCUGUGUAAUGGAAUACCCAGGGGUUCACAAAUGGCAAUCUUGUCCUUACAAUCACGUACUUCAUAUACACACACACACACUUUACGUUUGUGGUUUCAAUGAACAAGCUACCAGAACACAGUUUUGCCUUUUGUGGUGUUAUAGGAGCCUCGUAGUGUGUAACCAAAUACGCAGAAAUAUUUUAGACACUUGAAGCAAUAGUGGAUCCUGGUUACUAUUAGAGGCUUUUUGAAUUGCGUGCCAUUUAGAAGUCUUUUACACUAUUGAUAAAUAUGGCCAAAUAAAUAUGCAUCACAAAUAUGGUUUUGGAAACUUCACGAUUAAUAAUCCAGAACAAGAUAAUCAUCCCUGGUUUUUUUUUUCCCCUCAAACUGUGAGGGCAAAUAUUUUUCCUUUUUAUUUAGCAUAUCCUAGCUGUUGUGAACACACUCAAUGCAGAAGGAUGAUGAUAUAUCAUAUUGUAAACUAUGCAUGGGUAACAUUUAUCAAAUAUUCUACAAAUAUAUGCUGCUCUUUUUUAUCAACUGUAAUUUUAAACUCAGCAUACAUUUCCUUUUGAUUCAAACAAAUAAAUCCCCUAUUCAAAUUUAAAUCCCGAGGGAACCCAUGUGAAAUUUAUGGUCAGUGUCACUGAGGACCUUUUGAUUAUAUUCUGAAUAUCUUUAUUAUUUCAGUUUGAUACUAUAUACAUAUAUACGGUACAGACCAAAAGUUUGGACACACCUCAUUCAAACAAAUGGGGAAGUGUGUCCAAACCUUUGGUCUGUACUGUAUAUGUAAUGUAUAAUGUGUGUGUGUUUGUGUGUUUGGGGAGUGGAAAAAAAAUUGCACGAAAGUCAUUAUUUUUGUUAAUUUCCUUUACUCAACAUUUACUUUGAAUAUGCAGUUAUGUUAUUUGAAUACCUUGAUUGCCUGUUAGAUCAUAUAUUAUUAAAUCUGUAAAUGUAUUGCAUAGUACUAUAAUGUAGGUUUUUAGGUUGUACUAUUUUUGUUAUAAUUUCUUAAUUAAAACAUAUCCUGUAAAGACAAACCAAACAGGUAUUUCUCUGGUCCAGUCAAUAAGGAUCAAAAACUAAAACCAAAGGUUUAAUACUCAGAACCACAAAUCAUUUGGCAAUAAACUGACUCCAGCUGACUGCUAAGUGCUGAAUGACAAAAGGCUUCAGAUCUCAUGUGUGUUUUCUUAACAUGAAGUUUCUCCACAUCAGGUGUAGGGCGUCUUCAUCAGAUUCCAUGUUUGUGUAGCAUCUCUGACGAUAAAGUCUUAGUACUGGAUCAUUUAUAAUUUCCUUCUAUGGAAUUAUAAAUGAUUUCAUAGUUAGAGAUGUGAUUGAUUUUUCUUACAGCAGGUGUACCUUGGGCUUUCAGAAAAAUGUAAUUCCUCCUUGAAACAUGCUUUAUUAGAUGAAUUAGGGGCUCUAAAUAAUCUCAUGACGUGGACUUCCAUAAAUGGUGUGUCGGCUUGGCUGGAGUAAGUGGAUUACACAUUAUCUGCUUCUCGCUCUUUGUACUAAGCUCUGAAUUGACCAAACAAGCUGUGGACUCCUGUACUAAGUCAAUUUGGUCAGCUUUGAACCUGGGUUAACUGAACAUGAACUAUGUCUUCAAAAGGCCUCCUACAUUAAAUGCAAGAUUUAUUUGAACCUCGCAUUCACGAAAAGGAAGAUCAUAAAAAUCUGUCGGAUGAUGCAUUCAAAUAUUUCCCACCUUUUCAUGUUAUAUUUUAAAAUCAGAUGAAGUCUUCUUCACAUUGUAAAUAUAAUGAUGCUCAAGAAGACAUGUCUCAGCGGGGUGUUCAGGAAUGUCUUAACAGUAUGUAAUGAAUAUUAUGCCUGUAAUGUUACCCAGAGGCGCCUUUUUUUUUUUUUUUU